AUGUUAGGCUUUUUUAAUAACCAGAAACAGAUACAUGUAUAUGAAACGACAUUAUGUAUUCAACAGAAUGUAUUAUCGGUAUUCCAUGUCAUUAUUCAAGGACCUCAUUCAACUGUGUCUUUAAUUCGUUACCCAUUUGAUUUAUUGGAGUUUCACCAAAAGAUUCGACUUUAUUAUCCUAAAUGUAAAAUUCCUUCCCCUACUUUAGAUCAUCAUCAUCAUCCUUCAUCAUCGCGUUACUUGAAACGUAGGUCUCUUCGAGACUUAUUCACCUUUUCUCGUAAAAAGUCAAAUGCUAGUAAGAUUGAAAAGUAUCUCGAACGAUGUUUUCAACAUCCGAUUAUCAGUAUUUCAUCUAUUCUUCGUGAUUUUACAAGUGUCCAGCGUGAAGAAGAUAGAUAUUUAAAUUUUCAACAUAUAUCACCAUCCAUGCCUGCACCACCUAUUGUGAUAGAUAAUAUGGCCAUGAGUAAUACAUCUUCUUUACCUUUACCACAAACACCUACUUUAGUGAAAAGUAACUCAACAUCAAAUGAAAUAAUAACUCCCAACCAUUCUAAUUCAAAGAUUACGCUGGAUGAUUUUCAUUUAAUGAAAAUUUUGGGUAAAGGAUGUAUGGGCAAAGUUCUACUUGUAAGAUCAAAGCGGGAUAAUCGGUUAUAUGCUUUAAAAUCAAUUAAAAAAAAAUGGAUCCUUCAGCAAAAAGAAUUGGUUCAUACGAGAACUGAAAGAGAUAUUUUAGUUCGUUUAAGAAAUCAACCAUUCCUCAUCAAUUUAAAUUACCUAUUUCAGUCCUCUUCUGAACUAUUUCUUGUGUUGGAUUAUUGUGCUGGAGGGGAUAUCGCAACUCAGUUAUCCCUUUUAUCACGUUUUAGUGAAGAAAAAACAAGAUUUUAUGCUGCUGAAAUUGUACAGGGACUUAAAAUAUUACAUCAAAAUAAUAUUGUUUAUCGAGACUUGAAACCAGAAAAUGUACUUAUUGGUCUUGAUGGACAUAUAAUUCUAACUGAUUUUGGUUUAUCUAAAAUAUUCACGGAAAAUGAUAUAAUAAAUAAUGAAGAAAAUGUCCCUUAUACACAGACAUUUUGUGGAACAGCUGAAUAUCUAGCACCAGAAAUACUUCUUGGUGAGCCAUAUACGUUUGCGGUAGACUUUUGGAGUUUAGGCACUUUAAUAUAUGAAAUGUUAGCGGGAAUAACACCAUUUUGGGCUGAAACACAUAUGGAUAUGUAUAAGAGAGUAUUAGAGGAUCCUUUACAAUUCCCACCACAUCGUUUUGAUAAGACAAUUAAAAACUUUUUAGCGGGACUUUUAGAAAAGGAAGCACAUGAAAGACUAGGGUGGGGUGGAAUACAAACUAUUGAAGAGCAUCCUUAUUUUAAAUCAAUUGAUUGGAAACAAGUUGAAGAACGUCAAUUGAAGCCACCUUCUAUUCCAACUAUUAAAUCUGAAACAGAUAUUUCAAACUUUGAUGAUUUAUUUACAAGUAUGCCAGUAUGUAUUAGUCAAUUAUCUGCAAUAGAAGAGGACGAUUUCGAAGAAGACCCGUUUAAGGGCUUUUCAUUUGAUUUUACUGACCCUUUGAGAAAUAAACUGGUAACAAUCAAUAAUAAUAAGCGUGCAUACACAUGCAUUGCAGGCACUUCAACCUCUCAUCAACAAACAAAUAUUAAAACACGUAAAAGAGAUAAUACUAUAGAUAACAACAAUAAAUUAGCGGAAGAAAGUCGAGCUAUUAAAAAAAGACAAACUAUGAAUACAUUUUCUUCAAUAAAGCAACCAUACUCACCACAAAUUAGGACGUCCACUAUUAUAGACACGACUUUUGAAAGUUCAAAUUCAACUAUAGUUAAAGCACAAACAAAUAGGAAUCAUAUUCUUAUUAUCAAUCGUAACAAUUGAGCAAAAAUCUACAUCAAUAUCUACUAUUCACAAUUACUUGCCACAUUCAAAUCCAUCCAAUACUAUAAAUAAUUCAAAUUUGCUCCUAUUUCACAACAGUCAACAAUAAUGAAGAAUUACUUCAUAUUCUACAGCAUAAUUAUUUUCCAUCACUUUGAUAUAGUAUUUCGCAUUUGAAGAUUUUAACUUUUUAACUGUAAAGUUUUGCUUUAUAUAGUACAAUGCACAAAAAUAUAUACUUGUAUCCC